AUGGGGGAUGACCGGUUAUUGAGCAUUCGAGAGGAAGUGGAGACCCGUGGUGUGCCUGAUUAUGAAAUUAGUGAAGAAGGAAUCCUGAGGUACAAGAAGAGAAUUUGUGCCCCUAAUAAUGAGAAAAUCAAAAAGACUAUUCUAGAAGAGGCAUAUCAGAGUAAUUACACGAUACACCCAAGGAUAACCAAGAUGUACCAGGACUUGAAAAAGAAUUACUGGUGGUCAAAAAUGAAGAAGGAUGUCACAGAUUUUAAAUGGGACAAUAUUUCUAUAGACUUCAUUACUGGCAUGCCAAGAACCCUAGCUGGCUAUGAUGUAAUAUGGAAAGAUUCAGCUGAUCAAGCAGAAGUUGUUGAUGGCCCAAAGUCGACGAAGAGUUAUGCAAAUCAUCAGAGGAGAUCUUUAGAAUUUGAAGUGGAUGAUCAUGUAUUUCUGAAGGUUUCACCUGUCACUGGUGUUGGUAGAUCCAUUAAAGCCAAGAAGCUUACACCCCGAUUUAUGGGUCCUUAUGAGAUUUUGGAGCGGAUUGGACCUGUUACAUAUCAAAUUGCGCUACAGCCACAUCUUUCUUAUUUACACGAUGUGUUCCAUGUGUCACAGUUGAAAAAGUAUCAUCCCGAUCCGUCUCAUGUUAUUGAACCCGAAGAAGUCGAGUUGUGA